CUAUGAUUAGACCAGCUGCGAAGAUUCAUCUAACGCGAAAGUCAGAUAAUAACGCAGUAAUGUCUAAUAUUGGAUUUGGCUAACAUCUAUGAAUGUUCAAUUAAAUUACUUAUAUUUAAUUAUUUUUAAAAAAUCUGAAAAGUUUGUUUACAUUCACACAUUGUGAGGCCUUAUUUUUAGAUCUUAGGCCUACAGAGCUCCCAGAAAUAGAUUGUGAAGCUAGACUAGAAUGGCAUCAGACUCAGAAGAGAUAGAGUAUCAAGCCUUAGGAGCGCACACAACACAAUUUAGGCCAUUUCAACAACAAGAAGCUGAGGAAGAAGAAGAAGAAAGUGAUAUAAGUUUACAUGAGGAACAAGGUUUUCUAGUUCACAUGAGCCCAGAAGCCAAUAAAACUCAGUGGAACCAUGUGGACGACCUGGAUAAAUUUUUUACUAGUGUCUAUGAAUACCAUCAACGUCAUGGCUUUCAAAAUAUGGUGCUAUCUGAAAUUCUUCAACUUGUGCAAUUUGUUUUUGUCGUACUGUUCAUGACCUACCUCAGCUGGUGUGUCAACUAUGCCGAGCUAUUUGAUGAAGUUCAACAUAAUUCAACUGAGAAGAAAACAUUUAGUGAUAUCACAUAUCCUCUGGGAACCUGUAUCGCCAAGUUUUCAUUUCUAACAUGGUUGCUGCUGUUUUUGUGUCUUUUGUUUUUGAUUGGUAGAAGUGUGAAAAUGGCUUUUAAUUUUAGCAAUUAUUUGCGCACACACAAUUUCUUUAUCAGUGCUUUAAAUACAGAAACACGUGACCUGAGCAAUAUGACAUGGCAUGAAGUGCAACUUAGACUUUUGGAGGUUCAGAAGGAACAACAGAUCUGUAUUCAUAAACAAGACCUUACCCAGCUUGACAUUUAUCACAGAAUCUUGCGGUUUAAAAACUAUCUUGUUGCAAUGGUUAAUAAAGACUUGUUGCCUUUGAAAUUCAGAUUGCCAUUUAUUGGAGAACAUGCAAUAUUGACCCAUGGGAUGAGAUUUAACCUUGAUGUACUUUUGUAUUGGAGUCCAUGGUCCAUCUUUGUCAACAGUUAUACAAUGAGAGAAGAGUACAAGAAUAGUCAAAAGAAAAAAUGGCUGGCUGAAAGGUUAUCGACCCAUAUUGGAAUUCUGGCAUUGCUGAACUUUGUUCUUUGCCCUUUCAUUUUCUUUUACCAGAUCAUCUACUUUUUUUUUCGUUAUGCCGAGUUUGUCAAGCGGUCACCGAGUUUUUUGGGUUCAAGACAAUGGGCAAACUAUGGACGACUCUAUUUGAGACACUUCAAUGAACUUGAUCAUGAAUUAAAUGCCAGAUUGAACAGAGCUUAUAUUCCAUCCAAGAUGUAUAUGAAUAGUUUUACCUCUCCAUCUCUUACAAUCCUGGCCAAGUCUCUAGCCUUCUUUGCUGGGGCUCCUGCUGCAGUGCUAUUUGUUUUGGGUAUAUUGGACUUCAACGAUGUGACCAAAGUAGAACAUCUCUUCACAGUUGCUUCAGUUUGUGGUAUGGUAGCUACAAUUUGUUCAUCCCUUAUCCCUGAUGAGAAUGAAGUUUUUUGUCCUGAACGGCUAAUGAUGAGUAUACUGGCCCAGAUUCAUUACAUGCCUGAUCAUUGGAAGGGACGCGCACACACAUCGUUUGUUAGAGAUGAAUUUGCAAUGCUUUUUCAGUAUAAACUGGUUUACAUUAUUGAAGAACUACUAAGUCCACUCAUUACACCAUUCUGGCUGUUCUUUAUGCUGCGCCCAAAAUCUUCCCAAAUUGUGGAUUUCUUUAGAUGUUUCACUGUGGAAGUAGCUGGAGUGGGGGAUGUCUGCUCAUUUGCACAGAUGGACAUAAAGAAACACGGAAACCCUCAAUGGACCAAAGCUAAACCAGCUGAACCAAUGGUGGCUAGAUCUAUGCAAGCAGAAAAUGGCAAGAUAGAACUCUCACUGAUGCAUUUUGCUACCACAAAUCCAGAAUGGAAGCCUCCGCAAGAAAGUCACAUGUUUAUUAAUGGAGUUAAAUACGAAGUACAAAAAGAGUUACCUGCACUUACCAGCAUAAUAGCAGAUCCCAUUAGUCUGCCAAGUUUGGGUUAUGUCAAUCCAGUUGCACCCAUUUUAACAAUGAGUACAAGUACAAAUCUGGGCUCUCCAAAUCAAGACCCAAGUAUUUCCCUCAGUCCUUUCCUUGGCCAGUCACACAAACUUCGAGGUGGACUUUCUAACUUUGAUGGUCCCCUGAUAUCUGGUUCUAACCUUCAAACCAGUUUGACAGGCUCAGACUCUUUCCACGCAGCUAGUUACCCAGCAGGCAUGCUAGAUGAAGGUCAACGGGAACUCCUUUCCGGAAAUAUGAGUCUCAGUGUUCUCCACAUACAUGAAACCCACCAUCGCCAGCGCCACUCUGAUGGCAGGUCUCGUCACGCUGCCUAUGAUGGCCUGGGUACAUACCAAGACAAGCAGCCCUCGGGGGCGACAUCUGGUGUAGCUCGACCGCAGUCCAUCUUCCCUCACAGACAGCAGUUCCAAACUUACUUUGGCUGUAGCCAGAGUUCCUCGACAAACACUUCCAGAACUGUGAUAGCCCCUGGAGAACAAGAGCCUUACUCCCAUCUGUACAGACAACCUCAGGAUAUAGACCACCAGCUGACUCUCACCCUGGAAGAUCAAGCAUCAUACAGUGCACAGAAUACUCAGUAUUGUGAUGAGGAUGGCUUUGGGUUGUCUGAUUUUUCCAGCCUCCCACCUUUGGCAGAACCAGGCUUGCACUAUGGGAGCCCAACCACUGUGUCGAGCACACCCUCUCCUGGGCAGCACAUGGCGCUAGGAGCCAGGCUAGCUGGAGAGCAUAUGCCAGAGAUUAAAGAGGACAGCGUAGAACAUGAAAUAGAUACCUCCAUGUCUUAACCCAUUAUUGCUUUCAUCUGCAUUUAUGUUUAUUUAUAGAUACGCACUCUUGUAUACAGAGAAGUAUAAAUAAUGUACUUUACAUAAUUUUUACAUGCCAGUGUAAGACUAAUAAAUGUUUAGUUGUGAGAUAAGCUAUUAAUAAUAAUAAUACAGGUUUUAAUCAGCGCUAUACUGUUGUGCUCUAGACUUGUUUGGUUUACAGGUUGAUAGAGAGAAGGUAAUCCAAAGGUUUUCUCCUAUUCCAAUCUUAGAGACGUCUUAGUUGUUUGCCCCUGUUGUAUUUUGUUCACUAUCAUUCGCAGAGGUUUAGAGGUUUAAGGAGUGGACUGUGCAGCGAGUGUACUCUGUAGCAUGGUAGCAUCAUGGACAUAGGUACUUUAUGAUCCUUUAAGUAGGGAUGGCUGCCUGGUCAUGCGGUUGUUUCGAUGGUCCCGGGUUCAUACCCUGCCAAUGCCAUCACCUUCCUCUUGCUAAAGGUUUGGGCUAAUAUUUACUUCAACUGCAAAGGAACACCUGAUACAUUUUACAUCCACCUGAAUGAUUAGUGGACUAGAGUCUGGGUAUAGUGUAAUUUAGGCCUCUCAUCAAAUGCAUCCUACAUAGGAGGGACCCACUAUUGGUUUAAAAAAUGCAGUAGGUUAUUCUUUCAAUCAGUUGCCAUUGCUAAGACCCUUAGCAAAAAAAAUGUUGAAAAAAAUAAUUAUGUACACAUCAAUUGAUUUUUUUUAAUGAAAAUAAAAUAGUAUAGUAUAGGCUUUAUUUACAAUAUUUACUAUUUAAAUUGUAGUUAAAAUAUUGUUUUUUAAACCUACCGGUAUGUAUUGGCUGAGAUUCAGGUUGGAACUACUUCUUCAAAAAAAAAAAGAUAAGAUUUUAGGACUAUUUCUUACACAUUUAUUUCAGCCAAUUUUGAAUAUGUCCAACAAAAUGAAUUGGCCUAUUUUAGGGUGAAAUAGAUCACAAUUUUAUAUAAUAUUUACAAUAAUACAUUUUGUUUGCACUAGACCAGUGUUUCCCAAACAUUUUUCUUAAUGUAACAUUUAGCACAUUCUGAGUGUUUAGCGGAAACUUUACUUAUUUUUUAGAGAGAUUCAUUCACGUAGUGGCCUACUAGUAGUUUGUGAAACACCUAUUCAGGCCUCGGAACGCAGUUUGGGAGACACUGCACUAGAUGACAAUGAAAAAUGGUUGCCAGAUUUCACAAUAUUUGUUCUGCCAAACCAGGAGUUAAGAAAUAUCAAGCUAAACAUUUUAAAGUAGCUUAUGCAAGUUUUUUUUUUUAUGAUUAUGGAAGAGACAUUACUUACCUGAUGUGAUAUAACGCAUCCACUAUUUUACAUUUUUCUUAUUAGUCUAAUAGAAACAUGACAGCCAAUACAAUACUGACUCAUGGAUACCUGACUGCUUUAUUUUUCCUGCUAUUUAUUUUACUGACUUCCUUAUGUAUCAUCAGGUCCAUGUACCACCAAUUGCACAGGCAUGGUGCUUUUAUCUACAAGUUUCACCUUUCCAGUGAAAUAAAGAUAUGACCUAACCCAAAUACUUUUCAGGAGUGGUGUUUAAAUAUUGGACAAUUGUGUCUUUAGUCUAAAGCCUAGACUACAUGGUCUCUGUACCUCAAAGCUGAGACAUUUCCCUAAAGUAACACCAUUAGUAAAAUCAUAAAUUUACAAACUCUUCAGGAUAGAAGAUUUAAAAGUAAAGGAGCAAUUGAGACACUGAACCAUAAUCUUCCAAUACAAAAACAAAACCUAAUAAAAUACUUAGAAAGAUACAUUCCUUGUUCCAUAUUUUAGGACAAAUUUGUACAAAUAUUCCUUCUCUCUAAUGCUAUUAGAGCAUGGAAUGGGUUACCUGAGUCAACCAGGGAUACCAAUGACUUGGCAGUGAGUCAUUGAUUAACAUGCAUGACUAGAUUGGCCUAGGGACGUGCGUAGAGUGUAAUCAUUUUCUUUUUUGAAGUAACUUCUGUAUUUUAUAAGACAUGCCAAGCCAUGACUUUCUGACCGGCAACAGAUGACCUUGUCAUAUUUUUUUAAGACUUCUGAUUUUAGCAAUAAUGAAAACCUAGAAUUGGUUUCAAGGCUUAGGUUGUGUUACAUUAUGUCCUAGGAUGCCCAGAUAUGUCUUUACAACUAGAUACUCGAUAUAACACAUCUACAUUCAUUUCUAGUGACUAUAAGGCAUUAAUUUUAACAUCAGAAUUGCUGGGGUGUUUUUUUUUCUAAUCUUUUAUAUCCAUAUUUGAGUGUUUUUUACAUACUGUACAUGUUUUGAGAUCAUAGGAGAAUGGAAAGAAAACACUAUAUAAGAUUUUUCAAUUUUGUUGUAUCAACUUAAAAUGAGGGAUUCUCUUAAGAUAUUUAAAAAUAGUAUAUGUGUAUUAAGAAAAUUCUUUUUGUAUCAAUGUUAAAAAUACAUGUAUUUAUAUACACAAUUUUACCUUCUCUUUUGAUGAUAAAUUGAUAUUUGUAGUUUUAAACAUUCUUGAAAGUUAACUUUAUAUCUGUUCAUUUUGUUUUACAAACUUUUGCUGAAUUGUUUUAGAUCUCUUUAAUCUACUUUUUUGUGUGUGUUUACAUUGUAGACUUAUUAACUUUUCACUUUUCUAAUGUAUAGAGCUCUUACACACAUCUGCAUUAUAAGUCUUAUUCUGCUCUCGCUAGCCUUUUUACCUAGCCUUUCCUCAUGGUAAUUUAAGUUUAUACUGAAUAAAUAAAAAUAAACACAUAUACAUGCAGUCAUAGUAUUCUGAGUGGGGUCUAGUCCCCAUUUCAGGCAUGGGUUGGGGGGUAAAUAUUUGAGAGGUUUAUUUAAGUGCUUGAGAAACUGAAGGAGGGAGACAAAGCUAUCAGGUUUUAAACAGCAACCUAAGUGUCUCAGUUGUUUUUUUAAAUGCUUUUGCAAAAGGGGGGGGGGAUGGUUUUAAACUGUCAUAAAAGGUUUCAUGCUAAAUACUUUGCUGAAUGAUCUGACUCAUGACAUCCUCAUUAGUUGCACAGUAAUAUAAACAAACAAAAACUACUCAAAAGCCUGCAAUAUAAUCAGACUUUAUUAUUAGAGGAAAUAGACUAAGUAACAUAAAAUUCUAGCUACCAGGUAUAGUCCCAAUGUCAAAGUUAGUCAAAGAUGACAUCCUCAUUAGUUGCACAGUAAUUUAAACAAAAAAAUAAUACUUAAAAGACUGCAAUAUAAUCAGACUUUAUUAUUAUUAUAUUAAAGGAAAUAGACUAUGUAACAUAAAAUUCUAGCUACCAGGUAUAGUCCCAAUGUCAAAGUUAAGAAGGAUUAUUAUCAAGGUAGUCGAGAGCCUACGGUUAUCUUGGGUCUUAUAAUAUGCCCAAUCUUGUUCUCUUCUUCACCUCGGAGUUAUUACAUCAUCAUCCUGUCCAUUGACUUUCAUUGUAGGGGGUGCUGUAACAGGUCACAUAACCAAAUCUCUCCACUUUUCCCAGUCAGCAGUUGUUCUUAACAGGAUAUGGCGGUCCAUUCUAUGACGUUGUCCAGCCAGCUUUUCGUUGAACAACCCAAUGCUCCCUCUACAAAGUCAUGAGUUAUUAAAUAGGAGUAGUAUACCUCGCCAACAGUCAAACAUUGCUUCAAAUUCCAGCACAACCCAUUCAUAGCCCUAGUUUAGAACUAGGUAGGUGAUUGGCGGAUUUCGGUGAACUACGCUGUCUUUUUCAAUUUGUUAGUAUAGUUUGUAUAAUUGUAUAUAUAUAUAUAUAUUGUGUACAUAUAGUGUACAGGAGUACAAACAAAACAAUGUACCAUGCUUUAUUAGAUUCUAUGAAUCUGUAUUGGUACAGUGUAAACACACAUACAGAGACUCGUCUCUCAUUUUUAAAAAAUAUUUAUUGUUGUUUUUAUUACUAUUUUUAAUGUGCUUUCUUGUAACAUUAAACUGUGACUUUGUGAAGUUUGUCAGAAGUGAUGACAUUAUUUAUCUAGAUGUGAUAAAAUUGAUUUUCGCAAAGCAUAAUUAACAAUAACUGAAAAUAUUGUCAUAAUAAUUGUAUGUUCAUAAGCUCUAUAGGAGACGGAUACACCCACACUACAUGUUAUGUUAUGUCAGCUUUAAUAAAUAUAUAUCUCUGUCUACUUUUACCUUCUUGAUGGGCUUGUGCUUUUGUUUCAACACCGCAAUGGUUCGUUGAAAUUCCCUUCAAAUGUUUUUAUUUUCUGAAAGUUAAUAAGACAAAACAUUUCACUUUUCAUUGUCAAUAAACUAAUCUCAACCUUGACAUAUAUUACAUGGGUUUAAAUGUGAACUACAUAUGUGUGAAUAUUUAUUUUUAUUCAACUAGAAAAAUGUUUUAAACUUCAAAUGUUAUGACUAGUUCCUUAACAGGAUCAGAAGGUCCAUUGUGUCCUGAAAUAUUCAUCUGUACUUAAUAAACUAUUUUUUUUAUCUUCUUUUAAAUAUAAAAGUUAAGAACAGGUUUUGAUUUCUUAACAGUUUUAUUAUUGUACAUUUUAUGAAGCCGUUUCAGCUCCAGUAAAGCGUGGUGUGUGUGUCUUCCCUUUUUGUUAUUAGUCUUGAGAAUGAUGUCAGUAAUUAGUUUUCAGGGCUUCACUACCUACAGCUAAUUCAUUUCUAGUCACUGACAUAUAUUUAUCCUUUCAUUUAAGUAGAGUACUGGAGUUUGAAUUGAUAUAGUAUUUAUUUGACAUUUUUUGGUUGAACUUAUGUGUUUGACAAAUUGUGUACAGUUUGUACAACAGACAUGUGUAUCUUCUCCAUAUUGUCAUUGCUGAAUGUCUUGUUUUCAUGUUGGCCUUGAAUUUUGAUUACAGUUGUUUUUCUUCAAUAGUGGUUUGUGUAUAAUAGUAAAAUGAAAAUUCAAUUGAAAACAG